UAGCAUGAUACCACUUAGCCUGCUAGGGCGGCACGUCCUCGUCCUCGUCGGGCGAGUCCUCCUCGGCCUCCUUUAUGAGUUCCUGCUCGAGCGCCUCGAUGUCGACCUUCAGCGCCGCGAUGUCACUAUCAUUAAUUUGCGCCGAGACGUCGCCCCGCUGCCCCUCGAGGUCCUGCAACCUCUGCUUCAUCUCCCUUAACAUCGUGAAGUUGCGCGUCGGCGGCGUCGCUUUGCUGAGAUCUACGGUCCGCUCGAACGGUCUUAUCGCAGUGUCUUUGAGGGGCGACUGCGACCGCCGCCAGGUCUUCAUCUCGUGGGGCGUCGCCAUGUCGCACGACAUUUUUUCGUCGUCGCGGUCACAGUCGCGGCGACGUCGCGGUAGUCGUGUCGAAUGUCGGCAGCGGUCCGCCCUCCGUUGCGUAUGUCUCAAGGUGAUGUGCUGCCCACUCGGCUUGGAGUCGUCUAACGCGAUCGAGCAGGCGUUCUGGCGGGCUUGCAGAGCGUGGCUUCGACUGCCGAGAGCUUUCGUGUCUCGUGGGCAGCCCUGGUGUCCACAGCAGGCUGGUAUUUGCGCUGCUGCG